GUGGUUGUUGUUCUUUCCCCAGAAUGUCGAGUGGUGAAGUCCACUUCCUACACCAAAAUAGCUUCAUCAUCCCGCAGGAGCACCACCAAGAGCCCAGGACCUUCCAGGCGCAGCAAAUCCCCUGCAUCAACCAGCUCAGUUAAUGGAACCCCUGGUAGUCAGCUGUCUACUCCACGCUCGGGCAAGUCGCCAAGCCCAUCGCCCACCAGCCCGGGAAGCCUGCGGAAGCAGAGGAGCUCUCAACAUGGAGGUUCCUCUACUUCCCUUGCAUCCACCAAAGUCUGCAGCUCAAUGGACGAGAAUGACGGACCUGGAGAAGAAGUGUUGGAGGAAGGCUUCCAGAUUCCAGCCACAAUAACAGAACGAUAUAAAGUCGGAAGAACAAUAGGGGAUGGAAAUUUUGCCGUUGUCAAGGAAUGUGUAGAAAGGUCAACUGCUAGGGAAUAUGCUCUGAAAAUUAUCAAGAAAAGCAAAUGUCGAGGCAAAGAGCACAUGAUCCAGAAUGAGGUGUCUAUUUUAAGAAGAGUGAAGCAUCCCAAUAUUGUUCUUCUGAUCGAAGAGAUGGAUGUGCCAACAGAACUGUAUCUUGUCAUGGAACUAGUAAAGGGAGGAGACCUCUUUGAUGCCAUUACUUCCACUAACAAAUACACUGAGCGAGACGCCAGUGGGAUGCUGUACAACCUGGCCAGCGCCAUCAAAUACCUGCACAGCCUGAACAUUGUCCACCGGGACAUCAAGCCAGAGAACCUCCUGGUGUACGAACACCAAGAUGGCAGCAAAUCGCUGAAGCUGGGUGACUUUGGACUGGCCACCAUUGUAGACGGCCCCCUGUACACAGUCUGUGGCACCCCGACAUAUGUGGCUCCAGAAAUCAUCGCAGAGACUGGAUAUGGCCUCAAGGUGGACAUCUGGGCAGCUGGUGUAAUCACUUACAUCCUGCUGUGUGGUUUCCCUCCGUUCCGUGGAAGUGGUGAUGACCAGGAGGUGCUUUUUGAUCAGAUUUUGAUGGGGCAAGUGGACUUUCCUUCUCCGUACUGGGAUAACGUUUCUGAUUCUGCCAAGGAGCUCAUUACCAUGAUGCUGUUGGUUGAUGUGGAUCAGCGAUUUUCGGCUGUGCAGGUCCUUGAGCACCCCUGGGUUAAUGAUGACGGCCUCCCAGAAAAUGAACAUCAGCUGUCAGUAGCUGGAAAGAUAAAGAAGCAUUUCAACACAGGCCCCAAGCCGAAUAGCACCGCAGCUGGAGUUUCUGUCAUAGCACUGGACCACGGGUUUACCAUCAAGAGAUCAGGGUCUUUGGACUACUACCAGCAACCAGGAAUGUAUUGGAUAAGACCACCGCUCUUGAUAAGGAGAGGCAGGUUUUCCGACGAAGACGCAACCAGGAUGUGAAGAGCCGGUACAAGGCCCAGCCAGCUCCACCCGAACUCAACUCGGAAUCGGAAGACUACUCCCCAAGCUCAUCCGAGACUGUUCGCUCCCCAAA